AUGUCAAAUGAAGGCAGCUCUGGUGAGCACCUUUCUACAACAACAGUCAGUUCAGUUGCUGUUCAGGCUGGAGAUUCCAGGAUUGUUAUCGCUAUACUUAAGUGUGGGAAAUGGGUGCAGCUUCAGCUGACUGAGUCAAUUCCAAAUGUAUUAGAAAUUGGCAGCAAUCAAGAUGAGACCAAAAAACUACUACAAGAUCAUGAACUCCUCCUGGCUAAACUUAAGUCUUUGGAAGAUCAAGUAUGGGACCUGUUACGUGAAGCAGACAAGACUGCAGAGGAAAACAAAGAGCAAAGCCAAGUGUAUGAUGCCAUGGCACAGACUCUGGGGGAUGCCUGGGAUGCCCUCAUCAUUAUGCUAGAGAAGCGAAGAGCACUUCUGAAACUUACUGCAGUAUUUUUUGAAAAUGCUCUGGAGUUUGCUAUUAAAAUUGACCAAGUGGAGGAUUUCCUUCAGAAUGCCCAGGAGUUUGAGAACACUGAAUCUUUGAAAAAGCUCCUUCAUCAGCAUGAGCAUCACACAAAAGAGCUCUUGGAAAAGUCACUGGCCCUUUUAAACAAAAGCCAUGAGCUGACUGAAUUCAUAGAAGAAUUCAAAUCUGAUGGGUCUAAUGUAAACCCUGAGUUGAUUCAAGGAGCCCACAGCAGCUGCUUGAAAAUUGGUAGUCUCCUUGAACUGUUACAAGACAGGAGAAGGCAACUGGACAAAUAUCUGAAGCAGCAACGCCAAGGACUAGAGCAGGUUCUGCAAAUUUGUCAUUGGCAUCACCAAGAAAACCAGGUAACAUCUUGGUACAGGAAAAAUAUGAGUGAUUAUCUACAUAAGCAAAAUCUAGGCUCAUCUUUAACAGAAAACGAAGAGCUACUUCAUGAACACAUGGAAAUGGAAUUCAAGGCUAAGGAAUGGAAUUCCACUGUGGAAAAAUUAAAAGCAGAAGCGCUCAAGAUUCUGUUUUCAGAGGACUACGCAGAAAAGGAACAUCUGAAGCUUUCAAAUCAGAAAAUAAAUCUGUUGCAAGAAGAGUUGUGCCAUCGUAUGGAGGAAAGGAAAACCUUGUUACAAGAGGCCAAUGACUUCUUUAGUGCUGCUAACAAGGCAUUUGAUGUUCUUGGAGGUAUUGAAGCUUACCUUAAGCUCCUUAACUCAGAGGGUUUAAGUUUGCCUAUCUUGGCAAUGAAGCAUGAGGAAUUACAGGGAGAAAUUAAAGACUGCACAGCUGAUGCUUUGCAGAAGGGAAAAGCCUUAGUUAGUAAAGGAGAUUCCCACAGCUCUUGGAUGACUGGAAUUCAGGAAAUGAUAGAAUAUGUUCAGAAAAGAGUGGAUCAACUAAUCAGACAGUGUCCUGCUUACAAAGAACUUGCUUUAAAGAAACAAGGGCUCACUGCCUCACUAGAAGAUUAUCUAAAGAAGGUAUCAUUGUCAAUUAAAAAAGUCAGUCCGAUACUUGAAAUCAGUAUGGAUCCUGGUUCUUCUUUGACUGAGUCAGAGAAAGUUUUGAACGAAUACCUAGAACUGUCUAAUCAAGCUAAGGAAACAUCACAUGAACUGGAAGCAGCUGUGAGAAUUAUUAAUGAAGUGGAAGAAUUUGAACCUGCAGAGGUGGCAGCUUUCUCUAGCAAAGCUGAUCUUUUAAAUGAAGAACUGACAACACUUAACAAAAAUAUUAGUUCAAAACUAGAUGUUCUAAAAGCUUAUGUGGCAUUUUUAAAGUCAGCGAAGGAGGUAAAUGACCAAGCUCAAAGUCUGAAGGAAUUCUAUAAAUCUGAGCCUGUGCAAACAGAGAGUGAAUCUGAAAACAAGACUGUGAUUGAGUCAGCUGAUACUCAGUGGCCGAUCGUUUUAAAGAAGAUUCUUUCCACUCAAGAUAUGGGGCAUGAUUUUAUUAAUUCAUUAAAUAUGGUGAGACUGUAG